GGUUUCGUCUUACGAGUAAUUUGAUUGGUUGAUGAGCUUGAAAAAGUUAUUCACAAAAUUUCCCGCCAAAGAUUUUUUUAGCUCCGAGUGAUCAAGGUUUCGAUCAAUUCCCAAUUUCUUUAACGCAUAGCCAAUUUUUACAUUGUAUUUGAUAAUCAUGGGCAACGAAGGAUCAGUUCCUGUAUCUUAUGGCACUAGACUCUUAAAUGACGUGAAGGUCGAGUGGAAGAGAUCGGGAAAGGACUGUGUUUAUUCUCCAAGAGAUGGCCAUUGUGCAGCCAGCGUUGGAUCCAAGUUGUACGUGUUCGGUGGAGUUGCAUGGAAUGUGACGAUCGGAGAAGUUUCUGAGAUGAAUGAGAUGCUAGUGUACGAUCUUGAGAGUCAGACGUGGAGCAAGCCUGUUACCAGAGGGGAUACACCUUCCUCCAGGUCAUCUGCAACUAUGUGUUCUGUCGGCAACACGUUAUUUAUGUUUGGUGGGCUAAGCAGGGACAGUGGCUGGUUGAAUGAUCUGUAUGCAUUUAAUACAGACUCUAUGCAGUGGAAAGCUAUAGAAGCAAAAGGGACUUACCCCUCCCCCCGGGACAAGUUGGGUUCUGUUGCCAUGGGGACCAAGAUGCUGAUAUUUGGAGGGUUCGGUCCAAAGGAGGAUGACGAGAUGGCUGGGCCUGGAGAGGCGGAGUUUACUUGGUUCAAUGACAUCUUUGCAUUUGAUACAGAAAACCUAACAUGGAAGAAGUUCAUGGUGACUACAGUAGGGUCUCCGACUCCUCGUGCUGCUCACUGCAUGUGUGCAGUUGGUUUCAAGGUGGUUAUAUUUGGAGGGAAGGACAGUAUCGCAAGACGUCAUGACACUCAUAUCCUAAAUACAGAAAAUAUGAAGUGGGAAACAGUAAAAACCUCAGGGCGUCAGCCAUCACCUCGCUCAUUCCACUCCUGUGCAGCUGUGGGCAAUCGCAUGGUGGUGUUCGGUGGAAGAGGUUUAGCAAAUCAACACUUUAAUGAUCUCCAUAUCUUUGACGUAGAUAAGCAAGAGUGGUUACAACCAUCAGUGUCAGGCGCUCUCCCAGCCCCUAGGGGUGUCCACACCAUGAGCGCUCUUUGCGGCAACCUGGUGGUGUUCGGAGGGUCAUCUGAAUUUGACGAGUCUACAAUGCAGUGCCAGCAGUAUCAUAAUGAUACAUUUUUAUUAUCUGCAGACAAACUCCUCUCUGGGGCAUCCCUCGGCCCUGACCCUAAUGACAAACCAAAAGAGGUGGUCCCCAUGGCAACACCAGUGAAUCCAGAGCCUGCCAUAGACACAAUAGAUGAGAACGAAGAAGAGUGGGAGGAUACGGAAGAGGAUGACUCAUCAGGACAGGAACAUUGAGUGUAGGACAGUGGGAUAAAUCAAGUAUAGAAUAGCAUUGUGACAGAUGUCAUACACCUACUCCGGCUGACAAAGAGACAAGCUUUUCUUGGUUUCCAAGUGAGGUGCACAUCUGUACCUUGGCAUGGAUUUAAAUAAUUACUUAAAUCAUGAUUUAAGUCAGUACUUUCUAUGAUCAUCAUUCCUUCUAAAUUUUCAGUCCCAAGGGAGAGGUGGAACAAGAACCCCUUCGUCCUGCCAUGUGCUUAUGGCUAGGAUAGUUCCCACAUGGCAUAGAACCUAUGUAUACUAGGAUAGUUCCCACAUGGCAUACAGACCAGCAUGUAUACUAGGAUAGUUCCCACAUGGCAUAGAACCUAUGUAUACUAGGAUAGUUCCCACAUGGCAUACAGACCAGCAUGUAUACUAGGAUAGUUCCCACAUGGCAUAGAACCUAUGUAUACUAGGAUAGUUCCCACAUGGCAUACAGACCAGCAUGUAUACUAGGAUAGUUCCCACAUGGCAUAGAACCCAUGUAUACUAGGAUAGUUCCCACAUGGCAUACAGACCAGCAUUUAUACUAGGUAUCAAAAGGUCCAGCUUUUUGGGUUUGUCAACAAAGUAAAACACCAACAGAGUUAAUUUAUUAAAUGGAACAAUUUGUUUUCCUCAAUGAUUAUGGCAUUUAUAACGUCAGAUUUUAAAAUAAAUGAAUCAGGUGAACAUUUUAUUAGUUUUAGAAUUUUGGGCGCAACUCCAUAAAAAGUUCAUUCUAAAGAAACAAACUCGAGUUAUCGGGGAGUUUGAGUUUGCUGGAAGUUCAAGUUAGUGAGGAGUUUGAGUUAGUGGGGAGUUCCAGUUAUCAGGGAGUUCGAGUUAGUAGGGAGCUGGAGUUAGCUGGAAAUUCGAGUUAGUGGGGAGUUAGAGUUAAUGGGGAGUUCGUGUUAUCAGGGUGUUCGAGUUAGUGAGAAGUUUGAGUUAGUGGGGAUUUCAAGUUAUCGGGGAGUUUGAGUUAGCGGGGAGUUCAAGUUAUCGCGGAGUUGGAGUUAUCGGGGAGUUCGCGUUAUCGGGGGGAUUCGGGAUUUAGUUUCCACUAUUUUUUCAGUAAAUUUGGGAAUUAUUUUACGCGCACUCUCAUCUCGUAUUUUUCUGCACUUUUGUUUUCGCGCAUUUUUUAAAUUAAAUAUUGGCAGUUUUUAUUCUUUCGCGAUACAAAAUACAGCGGCAUGUGCCCGACAAACAUCCUGUAUAUUGAUUCUUUGAUGACAUUGCAGGGAAGUCGCUAAAUUAAGUGGUGCUUCGACGGCGCCAAAUUAUUUUUUGUACACUGUACAUUAUUAGCAGGUUUAAAAAGAAUAAAAAUCAACCUUUGAAAUUUA